CUUGACAGGCGGGUUAGACUUGAAGAAUGAUAACCACAUGAGCUCAGGUUAAACGCUAACAUCACGCCUUCCCUCAGCAGUCCUUCAGGUCACGGUCUGAGGCGCUGCACUUUCGCCCAGUUCAAGAUAACGGCUAACUGCGCGCGGAGUGUAUGGGUCCUCUUCAGCGAGACGUGUUCCUGAGGCUCAGCUUACCCAUCUUUUUCACGGCUUUCCUCUUUUUCGUCGACGUGUUUAUCGAAACCAAAUCCUGCCAUGUGGACACGGGGGGUCAGACCUUCAACUUCAGCUCCGACACGGGAUCCGACGGGGGCAACAUUUCACAUCAGAGCAACGCCAGUCGUCACAUAAACGGGUCCGUGUGUACGGUGGAGGGCUCUUUUGCCUACGGACAAGCGACCUACAUGACGGGACUCCUCUUUGGCUCCAUAUUCGGAGGCGCGUUAUCUGAUAAGUAUGGAAAGAAGGUCUUGCUGGUGGGCAGCUCUGUUCUUCACUCGGUGGUCGCGCUCCUCACUGCGUUUCUCCCCCACGCGCUUUUCUAUCUGAGCGCGCGCUGCAUGGCGGGAAUCGCCUGCUGUGCCAUUCACAUCUGCACCUACAGCCUGGGAGUGGAAUGGAGUUUACCAAAGUAUCGCAUCUGGCCGACCACUCUUCUCUCCUUCUUCUUCAGCUUGGGCAUGAUGGCGCUGGCUGCUGUGGCUUACUUCACCAAUGGCUGGAUGCAGUUUCAUCUGGCUCUAGCACUUCCACAGAUACUCUGUCUACCCCUCUAUUUCUCAAUUCCAGAAUCUCCGAGAUGGCUCUUUCUAAAUAAGAGGACUCACGUUUUAGAGGACUACCGCAGCAGGAGUCCAGAGGAUAGGCACUAUCUUGAUUUGCUAUUGGACUCAGUGGGUAAUGACUGCCAGAAGGCAAACAACGAGGAAACGGAUAAUAAGAAAUGUUCUGAUUUCACCCACUUCAAAUCAGCGACAUUAGUUCUGCGUCUGUUCAUCAUGAGUUUCAUUGGGGUGGCAUCUGCCCUCACCUACUAUGGAAUCUGCUUCAGCGUGGGGGGGUUUGGUGUGGAUAUCUAUUUGGCUCAGUUCUUUUCGGGGCUGUCAGAGUCUCCUUCACUCUUCCUGCCACUUCUGUUGGCACGAUGGGGUCGUAGAUCCUUCAGCAUGGCUAGUCUGCUGCUCAGUGGAAUCGGCUGCUUGCUCUCGCUCCUCGUCUCCAAGUUCUGUGACAUACCUGCUCUGGUGAUGGCCCUCGCUCUGCUGGGGAAGCUGUGUGUACAGGCGACUACCUGUGUUUCUCUCCUCUACGGCAUUGAGCUGUUCCCUACUAUUAUAAGGCAGAAGUGUGUGGGACUGGUGAGUCUAUGUUACCGGGUGGGCUGCAUUGUAAAUGCAGUGGUGGCUCCUAAGGGUGGAGUCUCUCUGGGAGCCAUGAUCUGUUACAGCAGUGGACCCAUCCUGGGAGCAGGGCUGUGCUUGUUGCUCCCAGAAACCAGUGGCAUUCCUUUACCAGACACAGUCCAGGACUGCGAGAAACAACCCAGGCUGAAGUUGGAGCUGGGAUCCUGCUGUGCUCAGUGGUCAACAAAUCACAAACCAAAAACGGAACACGCCUUCACUAAUGCAAAAGACUUGGAGAGCCAACUGGAAUCCAGUCCCAUUUCUUUAUAGUCAAAUCCCAUUCAUUUUAUGAGGCGUCCUCUGCAUAACAGGCCUACUCCUUCCAGGAGCGGGAGUUACUUUGAUUAGAAACUCCUGUAUGCCCUUCAUAAUCGUCCCUUGUGAGAUGUUUCUAAAAAUGUAAAGGCCCUGAAAAGUGCAAACCAGUUAAAGUAGUUGUACUUUGAACUGCAGGACAGACUAUUUUUUAGACCUCAGAUUUUUGUGCCUCUGAUAUCCAGCAGAACAAAUGUUCUUCACAUGAUGUUUCAGACAAUGUUAAGCACUUCAGUGCUUAAAGACAGAAUGAAUUUACCCUGGAGAUGAAGAAUGUCCUGGAAAAACUUGUCCCCCGGUGAGAACUCUUGGUGAACCCAGAUACAUGUGCUGCAUGCCUGAGGAUAAUGCUGGAAUCACUAUAAAGGCCUUUUCUUCAAGUUGUUUGAAACCGCAAGUGCCAAUAAAUGUCUAAUAAAAUGUCUUAUAAAAUAAGUGCCACAGAAGGUCUUAGAAAAAACACACUUUUGAGUAAGACUACUGAGGGACAGCGUUUUUUAGGCUGGACAACAUGUACCUUUAAUAACAAAAUUAUAUAGCCAUUCAUAAUGUCUUAUUUCAAUGUGUCCAUUGGUCAUAACACGAGGUGAAAUGGCACCACAAUGGACAAAAUCAGCUUAUAUGAAAACUGACCUUUGUUGGAAUAAGCCUUUAUGAAACUGUAUGAUGUCAGUUGUCAUGAAAAGCUCAAAGACUUUGAAUCCUUAGCUUUAGUAAGGCAGAGCACAUUUAUAUUUAAUAGUCAUUUAUAUGCUUUUUUCAGCUCUUUUGUAAUGAGCAUGCAUUUUGUCUGACUUUCUAGAAUUUUUAUGAGUUUUUAUGGACAUCUGGAUUUCCUAAGUCUAAUUAAUAAGAAAUAUGAAAUUUAUUCACAACCCUUUUUAAGAGCUGAUACUGAGGUUUUCAGAGCAUAUGUAGAAAUUUGCUUUUCUAUUAUUUACAAAUAUUCAAAUGUGCAUCUCACAUAGCCUAAUCCAGGAGUUCCCAGCUUCAGUGCUGGUGAAUUUACAUUAUAAUACAAUACAAUCAGUGCAGAGUACUCCCUGGUGUUCGAUGGGUCCCACGUUGUUAGUUAAGAAAAUUUUAACUCUCAGUUCCCUAUUUGCGGUUUACAGGCACCACCCCCACAAUUUUGAUUUUGACAAAUUCAGGGGGUCCAAGAGGUUAAACAGUUUUUCCCUGUAUUUGCCUCUUUGCCCAAUGUUCUAUGGCAGGGGUCAACAACCCUGCUCCUGGAGAUCUACCUUCAGGUGGAGUUUGGCUCCGACCUUAAUCCAGAUAAUCGCUACAUUCAUCAGUUGUUGAUCAGAUGAAUAAGGUGUGAAGGAUUUGGGUUGGAGACAUCCAGGAGGUUUGAUAGUCAUGAUUUUAUAUAGUCUACUCAAAAAAACUAAUGAAGCACUGCAGCCAGAGUUGGUUUGAUAUGACAUUUUGCAUUUUGAAGUGAGUCGAUGGUUUUAUUCCACUCAUAGACAAGGUAGAGUGGGUGUGAUAAAUUGUGUAGCAACAAGUGUAUCUGAUGAAAUGGCCAGUGAUUACAGACACAAGGCUGGUGCACCAAACAAAAAGGAAAUACAGAGAGAGAAAAUUCUGGAAUCUCUUUCCCUUUUAGAACUCUAACCAAAAGCAUCCAAGUGAACUGACAUAUAUCGAUACAAUUUUUAAGAGGAACAUUUUUAGAACCCACAACAAGUCACACUGGCCUCCAAACCAUAUGUAUGAGUAUGCAGAGUCUUAAUAAAGGCCAGGAUAUAGUUUGAGCAGGUGGAAGUUUUGGUGAUGUAUUUUUAAAGAAUUUAUUUGGGCUGUUUGGGUGACUUGAGUUCUAGUGUUUGUUAGCAAAUGCAGCCAUGCUGUUCUAGUUCUAAACUAAAGAAGCAAAAUUUGGAUCCCAAAGAUGUCUCAACCAAAUGAGUACAAGGGGGGCAAGUGGAAAAUUGCAUUAAUUGGAUUUUUCAACAAACCAUUCCUUCAAUAUCCAUGUGUAAUAAACUGAAAGAGCAAGAGUU